UGCAUUAAUUGAAGUCGUUCGAAAAAUUUCAAUAAAAAUUUUUUAAAUUUUUUAAAAUAUUUAAAAGUUUUAUUUUAAAAAUAUGACAAGCAAUAUUUUGAAUUAAUGAAAAAGUAAACAAAAUUUUUAUUAAAAUAAUUAAGAAUUUUAAAUUUAAUUAUUAAAUAUUACAUCAUAAGUUUUGAGGAGCUUUAUAUAUAAAUUAUGCAAUUGUUGCAAUUGAAAUUUCAUAAUACAAUAAAGGAACGAACAAAGAAAAUUCAGAACGGGCUUGUGUAGUGCGAACUGUAAUGAAAAAAUAUUAGGAAGUGAAAUUUUUUUUCAACAAAAGAGACUUAUUUCCAUUGGAAUAAUAAAUAAGUUUGUGGAUCGAAACAAUUACAAACCAAAAUAAAUUUGAGUUUACCUACUCAUAUCGGAAUAUAGUGAAAAAUUUUAAAUUUGAUUUUCAAUUGUUGCCCAAAUAACCAAUGUGAAAAAAAAAUUUAAUAUUUCUGUUUUUUACUGAGACAUCGGCUAGCUCCGUUUUUAUGCAUAUUUGUAAAUAUUUGCCAAAAAAAUCGGAAUAACUAAUUUCAAAAGGACAAAAAAUUAGUGAAAUAUGGAAUUCGUUUUCGAUUGUUUUUUUGAGGAAACAUUUGACAGAUUAGGUCGAAGUGGCCUACGUGAUCGUUCUUCUCGGAGAAAUGUUUUAGACCAUUUAAAUGCUGUGAUUGGCGGUUGCAGUGAAGGUGCUGAUGUUUUACCAGAACAAAUAGCACGUUCAGCUGUUUCAGCUGCUAUUAGUUAUCAUCAAAUGAAAAAACAUGGCAACCAUGAGAUAUGUCUUAUGGGAAAAUUUCACAAUAUAUUGUAUAUAGCUUUAAGAACAUGCUGGGAUUAUGGUGUUAGAGAUUCAGAACUUGUUGUACAAUUGUUAGAGGAAAUUUAUUCAUGUGAAAAAACUUUUGAAAGAUUAUUUUUGGGAGCAUUAUUUGGACCAAGUGCACCACAUUUCAUAGCUGGAUGGAAAAGUGAUUUUAAUAACCAGGAAGAGAACACGAAAGCGGUUGUUUAUUUCUUAGAACAUGCAACUUGGUUAAAUUUUCAUUUACCCUUUGUCAUAAAUAAUUACGAAGGCGAGAAAUUACUUAGAUUCAUUGAUAUCCCGAUAGAAUCAUGCGGAAAAUCAUCACCAUUACGUGUGGCUUUACAAGCAACUGCACCCGAUAUAUUGUUGAUCUUAUUAAGGUAUGGUGCUGAACCUUUGCCGAAUGAUGGAGGAAGUUCUCCAGUAUUAUCUCUACUAGAUAAAUUACUUGACUGUGAUCGUAAAUACGUUUACCAAAUGGUGAUAUGUUUAAAAAUACUUUUGAAAAACAUCCCUAUUAUUGAGAUGCCAUUCAAGCCAUAUUUGUAUGAGGAACGAAAGGAGAGAUUUUUAGAUAAAUAUGGAUGUCUAUUAUUGGAUAAAAUUAUAACGAAGGAACAAGUGUUUGGAGUUAUGAGCUUAAAACAUUUAUGCAGAUGUCGUAUUCGUGAUUUGCUAAGACAAAAUUCUCAAUUACCAAUUGGUAUUGAUACAUUACGUUUACCAAAGAAAUUACAACGAUAUAUAGAUUUAACAGAGGAGAUCGACAAAAAUUUUUAAGUCAAAUUUAGUUUUAAAAUUAAUUUCUUUAGUUUUGUAUUUAAAAAUAUAAUUUUAAUUUUUAAAUAUUUUAUUGUAAUAAGAAUAAUAAAUUUAAUUGUAUUAUAAAAUGUAAAAUAUUGUCAUAUUAAAUCCUUUUAUCUUUUAA